AUGACUGAAGAGCAAGCUUUGCUUGAUGAUGAUAAAUUAACUGCUACUGACAUAGAACUCUUAAAUCAAUAUCGAAAUCCAGCAACAAUAGAAACAGAAAUACAUAGUUAUCAACGCAAUAUGACAUUGGUACGAUGGUGUGUUGAUCAUAUUCCUACACCUCCAUUGAACUAUCAAUUUUCUUUUCGACAAAUCAUUGAACAAUAUGCAUUUUUUCGAAAUCGACGCGAUCGAUACAUAUCACCACAUCUCGAUAUCUACAAUGUUGCUAUUAUUAUGGCUUGCAAAGUCAUUCUAUCAUGA